AUGGUUAAAGUAAAGACUCAAGGACGUGAAGCGUUUCGGACUGAAAGUUUUACUUCGGUAGACGAUUCGGAUGACGAUAAAUUACAAAAUAUUCCUGAUGUAAGUGAUAGUGACGAACCUACAUUACGUCGAAGUACGCGUUCUAGAAAACAAGUUUCUUUUCAACAAAUGUUACCAACCGCUGAAGCUAUUCCAUUACGUGGUGAAAUUCCUUGUGUGAAUAGUUCUACUUCAACAAAUUCAAAUAUUUCCGCAAGGAAAUAUCAAUUUUCAUUAUCUUCUCUUCUUCGAGAAAAGAGGCAUCGAGAUAAAGUUGGCUAUAAUAUUCGUGCUGCAGAAUUGACAAUCAAUGGAGAUUCUCUUUGUGAAUUAGAUGAUCCAUUUGAUGUCUAUGAUCGUACAGAGAUUUCUGCUGCAGUAUUAAACGAAGAUAAACGUGAACAUUUGCAACAGAUUUUUAAAGAAGAUGAAAGUGAUGAUUUAGACCAACAAAUGGAAUUUUUCAUUGAUAAUAAUACAACUACCAUGCAAACUUUGGAAGAUCCUGCAUUUGCACUGAUAGCCGGUUCAUCUUCUGACGAUGACAAGUUAAAAUAUAUCCUAUGUCAAAAUUGGAUUCCACAACAAUAUGAACUUGGAAUGAAAUUACCACCUGAAACCAUUUUGUGGCUAUUAGAAUUAAGUAAAUAUCACGUGCGAUUUUUUUAA